AUGAAACCUCAGGAAAUUAUCAAAGAAAAGGGCAACCUGUGGAUAUUUGGAUAUGGCUCCUUAGUGUGGAAACCUGAUUUUGCAUACAAGAGGAGCAAAGUUGGCUUCAUCAAAGGAUACAAAAGGCUCUUCUGGCAUGGAGAUACUUUUUAUCGAGGGGACAAGGAAAAGCCAGGUAGAGUUGCCACACUAGUGGAGGAUCAGGAGUCUUGCACAUGGGGAGUGGCCUAUGAGGUGACUGACUCCCAGAUUGAAGAGUCCCUUCAGCACCUAAACAUGAGAGAGGUUGUGUUGGGGGGUUACAUAACAGAGAUGGUGGAGUUCAUCCCUAAGGAGAAGGGUCAGGGUGCUCUGUUGGCCCUCGUCUACAUUGCUACGUCUGACAACCCCAUCUACCUCGGCCCGGCCUCAGACAAGGAGAUCGCAGCCCAGAUUGCCACCUGUAGAGGGAACACGGGCCACAAUAUGGAAUACCUGGUCCGCCUGGCAGAGUUCAUGAGGCUCUACUGUCCUGAGGUAAAGGACGAGCAUCUCUUCUCUAUUGAGGCGGCUGUUCUGAACAUUUUCCGUGACUGCGGAGGGAUCAAACCCCCUGACCAAACGUCCUUUCAUCUGGAAGCUACAUAAACGCUCCAUCAUACUUCAUCAUACAAUUGUUAAUGUUUUAAUACUGGGUAAAAGGGAAAUGAGUUUGUUAUGAUUUGCUUUCAAGGAGAAAAAAAAAG